CGCGAGCCGCGCGCAUUCCUGCGCGAGCUGAAGGUCCGAGAGAAAACGGUAGAGAAGAUGUUCGUCGACGUACGCGCGCUCUGCCCGCCGCGUUCACUCGCCUGACGCGCUCGGGAGAAAGGGACGAGGAAAGGGCUUUUCCCCUCAGCGAUGUCGCGUCUUUUAACUCCGCUGCUGCUCGUCGGGUUGUUUUCGCAGUCGGUCAGCGUCGCGGCUGCAGCUGGCAGCUGGAAGCAUCCCCUCGCUGUUGUUCACCAGGGAGGUUCUCUCCAUUGGGGAAGACAGGGCCGGUCUUUCCGACCAACGCAGGCGGUCCCCAGCAUACAUCUGUCGCAGGAAGAGCUCCAGAAGCUGCGCUUCAGACCCACCGUGGGCACAAUCCAGCGCUCAGAGGGGGCAGAGGUCAAGUUUAACUGCUCCAUUGACAUCAGUGGUGUCUUCCAGGACCUGAAUAUUCUGUGGUUUAGGAACGGUAAGGAGAUCCAUGAUGGCAUGCUGACGGAGGUCCGCACUUAUAGGACCGUCACCCUGCUCUCAACUAUAAGCAUUAAAAGCGUCCAGAGAGCAGAUGCUGGAGAAUAUCACUGCAGGCUUAGUGUCAGUAACAAGAUCAUCGAGUCAAAUCCUAUCAUUAUAGAGGUGGAAGGCCUCCCGACCUUCACCAUACAGCCAAGUGACUUGAAUAUCACGAGGAACGCUCCCUUCACGCUGACCUGUGAGGCGGUCGGUCCUCCCAACCCGGUUAUCAUUAAGUGGCUUCACAAAGGCAGGAGAUUUGCAGAACGCAACGAGUCUUCCAGCAGCAUCACCAUUGAAGGUGUUGAUGCACCCACUCAGUACAGCUGUGAAGCUCACAAUGAGAAAGGCCUCACAGUAUCCAGAGAAGCUCACAUCAAUAUCAAAGAGCUUCCAGAAAAAGUGUCCAAGGUCACAGUAGUAAAACGCGAGGCCAACAAACUCCUCAUAAGCUGGACGCCGGGACACGAUGGCUUCUCGACUCUCAGCACGUGCUACAUCACGGUGCGAGAGCUUUUGCAGCCAGGGAGCCCUACUGCCGUCCACCCCACACACGUGCCUCCUUUUCAGUAUGAAAUCAGCAACCUCAAGGCCAUGACCUGGUACAACAUGAGCGUGUCCUGCACCAAUGAGAUCGGCCCGUCGCCGCCCAGCGUCUGGGUCCAGAGCAACACCACAGAGGGAGUUCCAUCAGAAGCUCCCCAAAACUUGACUGUUCACCUGAACAAUUCCAUGCUGAUGAUCCGAUGGGAAGCUCCGCCCCCUGAUAAGCUGAAUGGAAUUUUGCAAGGAUAUGACGUCACUAUUAUACACGGAACACGUACAAGCAAGAUUUACAGCAUCAGUACAGAGGCGACGGUGACGCUGCAUGUGUUCAACACUACGUAUAGUGUGGAGGUGGUGGCCUGUACUCAGAGCGGCUGUGGGGCCAAAAGAUCUCGCUACUGGCUCUUUGUGCCAGACGCUGAAUUUCCUGAGUCUCCAUCCUCGACUCCGAUUCCCAGUCGUCCCGACUCUGCGUACAUCAUUCUCGGAGUUGUGUGCAGUUUCUGUCUGUUGAUGAUAGUGAUGUUUGUGGCCAUGUGGUUGCACAACCACUCUUAUCUGCAGUGUUUGUUUGGACCUGAUGAUAAACUCACUCCAAACGUGGAGUACAGACCUCAGAGAUCCUACAACCGCUCAGCCAUCGAAAUCACUCUUGCCAGUCUGGGCGUUAGCGGCGAGCUUCAGGCCAAACUCCAGGACGUGAUGAUCACGAGGAACCUGCUGUCCAUCGGUAAAAUCCUGGGAGAAGGAGAGUUUGGGUCCGUCAUGGAGGGGCAUCUCAGACAACCUGAUGGGACAUCGGAAAAAGUUGCGGUCAAGACCAUGAAAUUGGAUAACUUCUCCCAGAGAGAGAUUGAAGAGUUUCUGAACGAAGCCGCUUGCAUGAAGGACUUUCACCAUCCUAACGUCAUCAGACUGUUGGGUGUUUGUUUAGAGGUUAUUUCAGGCCACUUUCCCAAACCGAUGGUCGUGCUUCCCUUCAUGAAGUAUGGAGACCUGCACAGCUUCCUCCUUCGCUCCCGGCUCACCGAAGAUCCCGUGUAUCUUCCUACACAGAUGCUCCUGAAGUUCAUGAUCGACAUCGCUCUGGGAAUGGAGUACCUCAGCAGCAGAAACUUCCUCCACCGAGACCUGGCAGCACGCAACUGCAUGUUACGUGACGAUAUGAGCGUGUGCGUCGCCGAUUUUGGCCUGUCAAAGAAAAUCUACAGUGGUGACUAUUACAGACAGGGCCGGAUAGCCAAGAUGCCUGUCAAAUGGAUCGCUGUGGAAAGCCUCGCUGACCGAGUCUUCACGGUGAAAAGCGAUGUGUGGGCGUUUGGGGUGACCAUGUGGGAAAUAGCCACUCGAGGAAUGACCCCGUACCCUGGCGUACAAAACCAUGAGAUUUACGAUUACCUCCUCGAGGGAAACCGGCUGAAACAACCGAGCGACUGUCUGGAUGAACUCUACGACAUCAUGUUCGGCUGCUGGAGAGCUGAUCCGGUGGACCGACCCGACUUCACACAGGUCAGGAAGAGGCUGGAGAGUCUGGCGGGGAAGCUUCCCGCGGUGUCCAGCAGAAGAGACCUCAUCUACAUCAACACCAGCUUCCCCGAGGAGGAAGAGGAGUUACCCGGCGCGCCGGAGGAAGGCCCUGUGCUCACGUCCUCGCCCUCCUGCAGUCGGCCCGCCGCGGACACGUCAGUGGUGACGGCGGACGUCCACGAGAGCACAGACGCGGAGGACGACCGGUACGUUGUGGUCAUUUCCUGCGGGGACAAUGCGGCGAGAAGCGCCGCGGAUGAGCCGCUGUUGAAUCGCGGACUCUCCGAAGAGGACGACUCGGCCCGGGACGCGGCGGCGGCGGCAGACACCACGCGCUUGCUCUGAUGCAUCACCGAACCGAUGCGCUUGCUUUGCGCUGUCCGGCUGGUUUCGUUCGAACUGGUUUCGGAUUGUUGCCAAACUCGACUUAAAGGAAUAGUUCACCCAGAAAUGAAAAUGCGGGCCUGUCGAGAUGAAGAUGAGCUUUGUGUUUUUCGUUAGAACGGGUUCGGGUGGAGAGCAGCAUCGCUUCGCUUGCUCGCCAAGGGAUGCACUGCGGUGAAUGGGUGCCGUCAGAAUGAUGAAAACAUCACGAUAUCCCACAUCACUCCAGUCCGUUGUUUAACAUCUUGAGAAGUGAAAAGAUGCGUGUUUGUAAAAAAAAACAAAUCCAUCAUUAAGGCAUGUUAGUUUAGGUCUGUUUUAGCUCAUAAACAGUGCUUGAUCUGUGAAUAUUCUCUCCAGGUUUUUUUAUUUGAUCUUUUUAGGAAUAUUUUGGAUUAUGGGUUCAUAUUUUAGCCAGAAGCAAUCGUUUGAUGUUUAAAACAUGCUUAUCGAUUUAUGCCGUUUAUGAAUUACUUUAUCGCGAUGGCUGUUGGAUUAUAAUUCCGACGGCACCCAUUCACUGCAUCCAUUGACCAAACAUUUUAAGUAAUUACAUGAACAUAAUUACAUAAAUAUUGUUGUUUUUAUUGUGUUUUGGUCAGAUGAAACCAGCCUCGGUGAGUAAGAAGAGACACAUUUUAAAGUAAUUCAACUCCAAACAUUUGAACGGCGGUGCAUGCGUCUUUCCAUGGCAUUAAAUACCUGAUUUCACGUCUUGCAAAAUGUCAAAAAACGAAUCAUUUCGCAGUUGCACAGAAACCCGAUGGACCCUAAACUCUCUGAAAGCUUUACCGUGGUGUUGUUUUUGCCGUAAUGCGUGAAGUACAGACCGCACAACUGUGACGUAAAAAAUGAUGAAGAGACAUCGAUAUGCAAUGAAAUGGUAAAAUUAAGCUAAAGUAUUGUGAUUUUAGGAUUUUUUUUUUUGUCGACUGUUUUUGCAUAGAAUCCAAUUUGUAUAUUAGAAAUGCAUUUUGUAAAUAUAAAGGAAAAGUGUUUUUUUAUAUAUAGUGUUUUUUACAUUUUAACUUCGAAGUUAAACUGACAUGAAGAAACGCAGAAUCUUUAGAGAAAGUGUUUUAAACGUGUGAAGUAUAUUAUUGUACUUUUUGAUUGAGGUACAAUGAUAUGUGCCUUAUUUUAAAGUUGAAAGCGUGCAAUUAAUGCCAUUAUGAACAAUAUCUUAAUAAAUACUGCUAACUAAAUAAAGCUUAAAUGCCUUGAAUGUCAUAUGAAAUGUUAACCUGGUCUACUAAUACUCUGAAUUCGUUCGAAUCGAAAUUUAAUAUUAAAAACUGUUACCAAGAAAUGUUCUCUUAUGAUUACAGUGUCAAUACAAUCUGUUUCGUAUGCAAUAAUUAUCACUUAAGUGCAAAGCUUAAAGAUUUCACAUCAGCAAAACCUGAUUAAGUUGCAAUUAAAUAAAUGAAAUCUGUCUGUUUCCA